AUGAAUGUUCGCGGAAUAAACGACGAGGGAGACGAAGCUGAACUUCAAAUUUCAGAGCAAAGUGAGAGUUUUCUUGCAAUAUCCAAAAAGUUUCAGCAGGCAGUCACUUUAAGCCCCUCUGAAGAGACUGAAGCAUUAUUAGCUUCAAUUAUCACUGAUAUUACGAAAAAAUCAAGUUCGGAAUACGAGAAAAUGCUUAUAUUCCAAUGUAACAGAGAAAUUUCAAGGAGUAAAAUACAGCGUGGCAAGUUUCAAGAAGCAAUUUCAUACUUAAUGGAAUCCUUAAAAUUCGAUCAAAGCAGAACUAACCUAUGGGCAGACCUUGCAAAGUGUGCACAAAAAACGCAAAAUGAUCAAUUAUACAGGGCAGCGAUUGCAAAAGUACAAAAAUUACGUCCGCAAUUAAAAUAUAACUUAGCUAAUCCAACAGUUCCAGACUUAAUACCAUGCAUUUCAUCUCCACAAUUCAUUUCAUUUCAAUUAAACGUCACUUGUUGGAGAUAUUACCUCGAAGCUCUUAAAAUGGGCCAUAUUACCGAGCCAAAUGCAAUUCUCAUACUCCAAUUUAAAGACGAAGUAAAUUAUGUCCAGAAAGAACCUAAAUACGCAUUUCCGGAAAAUAUUAAACAAUCAUACUUCCAAGAACCUCAAGGCAAGAACGUAUUUGCAAUCGGACGAUUUACAAUUCUUGAUUUUAUUGCAAGAUUAGGCGCAGAUCCAAUUUCCAGCAAUACAUGGGUUUUUAAUUGCUCUGUAAGCUCAGUUUUAGCCUUAACAUUGAAUAAACUUGCCGAACUACGCUACAAUGAACCUGUUCCAGGUGAUGCAGCCGUCGAAAUGAUAGAUUUAGCACUUGAAUACGUUUUUGAUUUACUAACUCCAAAUGCAAAGCUUUUCUAUGCAGAAUUAGCAGCAGAAUAUCAGAUAGGAUCAGCUCCAAGGUUCAUUAGUGGGAUUAUUGAACCAUUUUUCCAUCUUCCAAACGCAUUUCUCAGAAUCUGUUACAUAAAACUCGAAAUUGCUAUCUCCCAGAAUCGCCACUACUAUGAACUCGAGCGUUUGAUGAAAGCCUUCACUAAACAUAUGAAAGAACCAGUAAAUUUAGGUCAUAUUUCUUUAAGAAUGGACAACAAGCUUGUUAACGAGAAGAAUGAGCAAAUAUAUAUUCUACAGGCCAUAGAUGACCCAUCAACAACGAAAACAGUUGAAAUGGCCUGUCGAUAUUUCUCUCCUCAUCAACUAUUGACAUUUUUAUCGUUAAAGAACGUUGUAAAAUUAUUUUUACAGUUCGACGAUGAAAUGGUCAAAGGUGUUUUAAUCAAUUUUCUCAGGAUGCUUCCAGCUCACAUCCGAAAAUCCUCAGGGGAUGUACAGAUCUUGGACCCACUAUUCCACAGAUUCACUUAUGCUAUGAAUGAUGAAUGCGUUCAGCAGUUAUGGAAAAUUUUCAUAACAUUAAACGAAGUGCAGUGUCCAAAACCAACAUUAUUCAACUGCGCAAUAGCAUAUGCCUACGCCAGUGUUCUUUACAGAAACAGAACUAAGCAUCUUAGCAAAAUGCAUAAUCUUCUUGGUUCCGCCUGCCACAGGGAGAACGGCAGGUUCCUAGAAUUAUUAAUUGAUGCAUUAAUCAACGAUCCGAACCACAACGAGAUUGAUUUAACCAAAGCAUUUGGUUGUUAUUUCUCCAACGUUGCCAUUUCCACAUAUUACCAUGAUUCCAAGCUUCUUCUUAGAUGUUCACCAUUAAUGCAGCCCUUCUACGAGCAUCUAAAGAACCUAGAAGACAAAGGAAACACAAAUCCGAAUAAUUUCUUCAAUCCUUAUCUUCUUUUAUGGAUGCAUUACAUCAAAGAGAGGGAUGAGAACAAGACCGAUUGUUGUCUGAAGAACAUUGACGGAUGGAGAGUCUACAAAGUCGUUAAAAGAAACGAAAACAAAAUUCUUAAAACGAUAAAACUUCCGAAACACAUGACCACGAGUUCACUUUUAGAAGACAUGCUUCGAAAUGAUCCCUCGAACUCCCCUGAGUCGAGAUUAGCCCUUCAGAAGAUCAUCAUCAAAGGCUACAUGAUACAAAAACAGCAAGAAGCUCAUUCAAGGAUCAUUGCGAACAUUCCUCCAGAAGAAAUGUCAAUAAACGACGAUACUUCGAAAUUAGAAGAAGUUCUCAGGCAAAUCUCACAAGAAGAGAAUCCAACGCAUUACCAGAAACUCAUACACGCGAUUGUCUCUUCUUUUGUUUAUCAUGAUAAAAUGCCUGCUUUGAAUGAACUUUUUGAAAUCGAAGCUUUCGUUGAUCAACCGAAAAAAGAGGCGAAAAGAAUCUACUGGAUCUUGAGGUUGAUGGAGGAAAAUGGAAUGAUCAGAGAUGACAGAAUGAUGCAGCUUUUGCAGUAUUCAUUGCAAUUCGUUAAUACUUAUGCAUCAACAAAUAAAAUUCCAGCUGAAAGUUCGAUUUUGUUGUUAGUACAAAUAUCGAAAAUUUCAGGAGAUAUAGGAAUAUUAAGGAAAGCAAUUGAAGUGUUUUGCCAAUCAAAGAUAACACUUCCACAUCCUUACGUAGAACUUGCAAAACGUGUUGAGCCUUUGGAAGCUUUCAAACUCCUCCAAAAAAUGAUAAGAAACAGAGUUUUGAACAUAAAUAACUAUGUUCAUUUCGAAUACAAAGUUCCUUUCUUAAUGUGUCAUCCUCACGAUAUAGAGGACAUCAAACGUGAAAUUGUCAAUUUGUUUAUUGACAACGCAGCGAAAUCUGGAAACUACGCAAGUUUCUUCAUUUUGGUUCAUCCGUCAGGAAGAACUGACAGAAAACUGUCAAAAGUUUUCAGAGAAUCGAGAUACGCGUUUGGUGUUGACAGAGCUUAUAUUUUUGUUCGCUAUUUCACAGCAUUGAUCAAGGACUAUGAAUCUACUAGCGAACACAAGAAAGACCAGAACGAAAGAAGUUUGGACGCGCUGAUGAAAUCAGAACAUAUUUUGAAUUUGAAGUUGUCAGAUGGAAAUUAUAUUGUUCCUGUUGGUUUGAGAAAUGAAAUCAAGGAAUUACAAACAGGUUUCUUGAAGACAAUGUGGAAGUCGAUUCUCAAUCAGGAGAUACCUGAUGGAGCAACAAUUAAUGACUUCUUCAGACAAGUCUAUCAAACACAAGACAGUGUUGAAAAAGAGGAAGAAGAUGACGGAGAAUUCGUUGAUGAUAAUGAUGAAGAAGAAGACGAUGAUGAUGAAGCUUAUUCAGCAGCUACUGCAACAGAGAAUGAUGAAGAAGAUACUCUUGAAGAUGAUAAGGAAGAGGAAGAAGAAGAGGAUGCUGAAGCAAAUGAUGAUGGUGAGGAAGAGGAAUAA